CUUAGUACUUUAAAUCAACAUCAUGGCUUUUCCUCCACACAUAGUAGAAGACUGCAUGGGCCUCCUCAAACUCUUCAGUGAUGGCACCGUUUUUCGUUCCAAUAUUCAGUUCCAAGAACAACCCUCAUCCACCCAACAACACAACAACCUCGUACUCUUCAAAGAUUACAUCUUUCACAAGAAAUUUAACCUCCACCUCCGUCUCUACAAACCUAAACUCGAUAACGACGAUAAUGGUGCUGAGAGCAAGGAGAAGCUACCGGUGCUAAUGUUCCUCCAUGGUGGGGGCUUCUGCUUCGGGUCGCACGCGUGGCCGCACAUUCAUGCAUGUUGUGUACGUCUCGCCGUGGAUCUCCGUGCGGUUGUGGUGGCGCCGGACUAUCGUCUGGCACCGGAGCACCGCCUUCCCGCAGCGGUGGACGAUUGCGUGGAGGCUGUGCGGUGGCUGCAGAGGCAGGGACGUGGCGGGGACUCGUGGGUGAGCCGCGUUGACUUUGAGCGCGUCUUUGUGUUUGGCGACUCGUCUGGCGGGAACAUUGCGCACCACUUGGCGGUUCAGCUCGGAUCCGGUUCGAGAGAGAUGGACCCGGUUCGAGUACGAGGUUACGUGAUGAUGGGCCCAUUUUUCGGUGGGGUGGUUCGGACCAAGUCUGAGGUGGGCCCUCCGGAAGAAAUGCUGACACUUGAUUUGCUGGACAGAUUUUGGAGAUUGUCUAUACCUAUUGGAGAGAAUAGAGAUCAUCCAUUGGCAAACCCCUUUGGCCCUAACAGUCAGAAUCUUGCAGACGUGAAGCUUGAUCCUAUCUUAGUGAUAGUUGGUGGCAAUGAAUUGCUGAAGGACAGAGCAAAAGACUAUGCAACAAGGUUAAAGGAACUAGGGAAGAACAUUGAAUACAUUGAGUUCAAGGACAAGGAACAUGGUUUUCUCACUCAUGAUUCAUCCUCACAAGUUGUCCAAGACCUUCUGCAAAUCAUCAAACACUUCAUGCUUCAAAAUUCUAGUUAGAACAUCAUCGAAGGCUCUUAGUUACACUAUGUUCUUGUCAGGGAUCAUCUAAUUAAACUUUAUCUAUGCAAGCUUUCUAGUAAAAUGGUAAUAAAAUUCACGUUUGAGAAAAAAAAA